AUGUUGAUCAACAUCAUUUCAGGAAGAGGGAAAAUUCUGGUGAAAGACAUUGAAAUAGGUACCUACGACAAAAAUAAGAAGCCAAUUUGCACUGAUGGAAAGCCACAAUUUACCUUCCCCGGACAUUUCAAACUAUUGAAGGGAACUGUGGAAGUGAAGGAGCCUGUGAAGGAUGGCGCAAAGCCGCUCCAGCUGGCGGUCAGUCUUGAGAAAAAUUCGUUCUUGGUCGGAGUUGUAUAUAUAAGAAGAGGGAAAAUUUUGGUGAAAGACAUCGAAAUUGGUACCUACGACAAAAAUAAGAAGCCAAUUUGCGCUGAUGGAAAGCCACAAUUUACCUUCCCCGGACAUUUCAAACUAUUGAAGGGAACUGUGGAGGUGAAGGAGCCUGUGAAAGAUGGCCCAAAGCCUCUCCAGCUAGCGGUCAGUCUUGAGAAAAACUCGUUCCUGGUCGGAGUUGUAUGUGAGGAGGGAAAGAGCAAAAAUCAAUUUGUCCCUAAUGAGAUGUGGUAAGA